AUGGAAAGUGGUGGUAGUAUCUUUUCCUUAAAGAAUAAAUCGCUUGGUGGUAGUAAACGAGUCAAAAUCAGUAGAGCUUGCGAUGAAUGUAGAAAAAGAAAGGUCAAAUGUGAUGGUGCUCAACCUUGUGGAAGGUGUAAAAAGUCCAAUACUGAGUGUGUCUUUGCAAAGUUACCACCUAAGAAAGGCCCGCCCAAGCAAUACAUGGAUAAUUUAGAAAAUAGACUGCAGCGUGUAGAA